CUGAGUUCUAACUAAAACACAUUCGCAUAUUUUCUUUAUACAGAUCAGUUGGACGAAAAGCGAUUUUCAAGAGGAGACUUAUGGCUGAGGCACUUUUACCGUUUGCAGUCGAGAGGCUUUGGAACCUCCUUGUCCGAGAAACUGAGCGAUUUCAAGGAGUUGAAGAGCAGUUCAAGGGAUUAAAAAAUGAUGUGGAUACGUUAAGGUGUUUUCUGGAAGAUGCAGAGGCCAAGAAACAUUCAAGUGAAAUGGUGAGAAAAACUAUCAAAGACAUCAACGAAAUUGUUUUGGAUGCAGAAGAUAUUGUCGAAACCUUUCUUCUGAAGAAAGAACUCGGAGAAUCAAGCAGCAGCAGCGUGAAAAGAUUUGCAUACGUUACUGUGAAAAGCAUGGUGCUUGGGUUUGAUAUGAAACCUAUAAGUAAGAGGAUCUCUAAGGUGAUCCUUGAUAUGCAGAAUCUUGGCGUACAGAAGGUCAUUGUCAAUGAAGAGUAUAUGCAGUCUCUACUGGUAAAAGAAAGAGAAAUGCGACAAACUUUUUCUAGAGAUGAGGAAGACCAUCUUGUUGGGUUGGAGAGAAAUAUUCAGAUAUUGGUUGGCUAUUUGUUGGAGGAGGAUAUCAGUCAAGUGGUGUCUAUAAUAGGCAUGGGCGGUAUCGGUAAAACCACACUCGCAAGACAAGUUUUCAAUCAUGAGACAAUAAAAAGUCAUUUUCAAGGAUUGGCUUGGGUGUGUGUUUCACAACAGUUUGAAAGGAAGUGUCUAUGGCAGACAAUCUUGCGACAACUCUUGCCAGAAUGCGAUGUGUCAAAGAUGAUGGAAGGCGAACUUCUGGAGAAGAUUGUUCGAGUGUUGGAAACACAAAAGGCUUUGAUCGUCAUUGAUGAUAUAUGGAGAGAAGGAGACUGGGACCUAAUCAAGCAUGUGUUUCUGCCGAGAAAAGGAUGGAAGGUUUUACUUACUUCUCGCAAUGAGGAAGUGGCAAUACAUGCUGAUAAACAAUGUGUCACCUUCAAACCAGAAUGCCUAACUUUUGAAGACAGUUGGGAUCUUUUUCAAAGGAUAGCAUUUCCUAUUAAAGACACAACUGAAUUUAAGAUUGAAAAAGACAUGAAAGAAAUCGGUAUGGAGAUGAUUAGACAUUGUGGAGGUCUACCACUGGCUAUUAAGGUGUUAGGGGCGUUAUUAGGUAAAAAAUACUCAUUGCAUGAGUGGAAAAGGAUACGUGAGAACAUUAAAGCUCCGACCCUUAGAGGGAGUGGCUCUGACGACAGAAAUUUCAAUUUGAAGGUUUACGGUGUUUUGUAUCUGAGUUUCGAAGAGCUGCCUGCCUAUUUGAAGCAUUGCUUCCUUUACCUUGCUUGUUUUCCAGAAGAUUAUGAGAUACGUACGAAGAUACUUUCCUAUUACUGGGCUGCAGAAGGAAUACUAAGGCCAAUGGAUUUUAAUGGAGCGAGCAUUCGAGAGGUUGUAGAUGAAUACAUAGAAGAAUUGGUGAAGAGAAACAUGGUUAUUUCUAAAAGAGACGUUGAUACUUCAAGAUUUAAAACACUUCAGUUGCAUGACAUGAUGAGAGAGGUUUGUUUACGCAAAGCUGAAGAAGAGAAUUUCGUACAAACCAUUUGCAGAUCAACUGCAAAUUCGAAAUCUCCUUGUAAAUCUCGCAGACUUGCUGUUGUAUGUUCGCCUAAAGAAAAUUUUAAUGUCGAUACGGAGGUGAAGAAUCCAAGCCUUAGAACUCUCUUGUUUAUCAAGAAUGGAGAAUUGAUGGCAACAAGUUUAUUCUUUACAAGGCAUAAGCUGAUGAGAGUGUUAGAUCUCUCUUCGAUCGAGUUUGAAGGAGGGAAGGUACCCUCUAGCAUCGGGAAGCUCAUCCACUUGAGAUAUCUUAAUUUAGCGUGGUCAAAUGUAAGUCAACUGCCUUCUUCUAUGCCGAAUCUGAAGAAGCUGCUCUAUUUAAACCUAGCUGUCUUUGGUGAAGUCUACAUGUCCAAUAUCUUGAAAGAGAUGCAAGAAUUGACAUUCUUGUGUUUGCCAUGGAGAUUACAUGAUAAAACAAAGUUGGAAUUGGAAAAUCUGGUCAAACUGGAGACGUUGAAGAAUUUCAAAACAAAACAUGGGAGAGUGACAGAUCUACAAGGUAUGACACGGCUCAGAUCUCUCUCUAUCUAUAUUACAAACGAGAGUUAUACCACGAAGACUCUAUCUUCUUCGCUACGUGAAAUGAGAUGCUUAGAGAAUCUUACUAUAGAAUAUUACGAUAAUUCCACGAAUGAUGACAAUGAUGAUGAAGAAGGAUUUGUUUGGGAUUUUGUUAAUCUCAAAGAGCUGUGGUUGGAGAUAUAUAUGCCAAGGUUACCUGAUGCGCAACGCUUUCCUUCUCACCUUACAACCAUUGAGCUAACUUAUUGUUGUUUGAAGGAGGAUCCAAUGCUGAUUCUAGAGAAGUUGCUUCACUUGAAAGAGAUUAGUUUACUUGGUCGAUCUUUCUGUGGGAGGAGAAUGGUUUGCUCAAGGGAUGGGUUUCCUCAACUGCAGAAGCUAGAAUUUGAGGGAUUAGAGGAGUGGGAAGAGUGGAUAGUAGAAGAAGGCUCUAUGCCCCUUCUCCAUACUCUUCGGAUUAACGAUUGCAGAAAAUUAAAGGAGCUUCCUGAUGGGCUCCGAUUCAUCAUUAACUUGGAAGAUCUGAGUGUUAUGUAUAUGGGAGAUGAGUUCAAUUUGAGAUUAUCAGAAGGAUCUCACCUUACAACCAUCUGUCUACGUGAGUGUCAUCUGAAAGAGGAUCCAAUGCCUAUUUUAGAGAAGUUGCUUCACUUGAAAGAGAUUAGUUUACAGGAUCGAUCUUUCUCUGGGAGAAGAAUGGUUUGCUCAAGGGAUGGGUUUCCUCAAUUGCAGAAGCUAAAAUUUGAUGGAUUAAAGGAGUGGGAAGAAUGGAUAGUAGAAGAAGGCUCCAUGCCCCUUCUCCGUACUCUCGAAAUUUGGGAUUGUCCAAAGUUAAAGGAGAUUCCUGAUGGACUGCGAUUCAUCACUAACUUGGAGGAUCUGAGGGUUUAUAAUAUGGGGGACGAAUUCGAUUUGAGAUUGUCGGAAGGAUACUUGCCUUCUCACCUUACAACCAUAUCUCUAAGUGGUUGUCGUUUGACAGAGGACCCAAUGCCUAUUUUAGAGAAGCUUCUUCACUUGAAAGAGAUUAUUGUUAAGUUAAAUGGUUGUUUCGGUGUGAGGAGAAUGGUUUGCUCGAGGGAUGGGUUUCCUCAAUUGCAGAAUCUAGUAUUUAAGAGAUUAGAGUGGGAAGAGUGGAUAAUAGAAGAAGGCUCCAUGCCCCUUCUCCAUACUCUCAAAAUUCAACAUUGCGAAAACUUAAAGGAGCUUCCUGAUGGGCUGCGAUUCAUCUCUUCUUUGAAGAGACUGGAAUUGGUUGAAAUGGCAAAGGGAUGGGAGAAGAGACUGUCGGAAGGAGGAAAAGAUUAUUACAAAGUCCAACACAUCCUUUCUGUUAAAUUCAAUUAUUAAUGAUCUCGGCAAUGAUGAGUUAGAUAGCAGCUGAAGGAGACUCUCAGCAAUUACGGACUAUCAGUGGCAAACAGAGAUUUCCAUGGCACACAAAGAGUGGAUGACGCAGUGAAGCUGUUCGACAAAAUGUCUUACUGAGGACACUUGAUCUCCUGCACUGCUUUUAGUUUGUCAAGAGAGAUAGAGAGAUGUAUUUAGGGAAGUGAAGCUGUUCCAUGAAGGUUCUCAUGUACCGUUGUUGACUGAGAGAGGUGAAAUAUGUUAAAGAUUCUUAUAUAUUAGAUUUCUCUUUACAUUUUCUUGUAUUUGUUCUUCUCAAGCGACUAGGCUUUUUGUAAAUUUUCCGUAUAGAAUUGUGUUAAAACUCUUUGCUUGCCUCUGUAUAAAAGAUUUAUGGAUUUGAUUUAACAGAAUAGUUGAUCUUAGUCGUUUAA